AUGGUUCACAUACGUCCGGAAGAAAAGGAUUUCUAUCUCGGCUGGAAAUUUCUCACAAGCUUUGGACGUGUCCUGCGUUUACUUUAUCCAAGAUUUGAAUAUGCUGCUCUCCUCACCGUCACUUCCCUCAUUUGUGCUGGCGGAUAUGAGGUCGUCAAUUACAACUCUGGUAAAAUCAUCGGUAAAUUCUACUCGGCACUUCUUUCGAGAAAUGAACCCUAUUUCUGGAAUCUCUUCUGGAAAGCAACUUUGAUUUACUUCGGACAAUCAUUUCUUCUGGCCACAACAUCCUUCUCUACAUGGCUUUUGUAUCUAGCGAUAAGGAGGAAUUUAGUCACAGCUCUACAUCAACUGUACUACAGGAAAAGCGCUUACUUUUAUCUGAACGGCAUAGAUAAUGCCGGGAUUGACAAUCCCGACCAACGUAUAACACAAGAUGCAGAGCGUAUGUGUUCUACACUUGCCAAAAAUAUCUUUCCAUACAUUCUUAUUUGUCCAGGUGUUAUUGGAUGGUACACUUACAAAACAUGGGCUACAGCUGGAGGUUUUGGCGUCGCUAUUAUUUACUCAUACUUCAUUCUUGGAGUGAUUGCAAACCGAAUCAUUGUCUCACCCCUCACGAAGUGGACUUCCAGAGUAGAGAAAGGCGAAGGGGAUUUCCGGUCUGUUUAUUCUUUCCCAUUCAAAUAUCUAUAA